CGGGCCGGGCCCUGCUGGUCCGCUCCGGAUAGACAACUGACGGCUUCGCAGAACGCGCCACCCCCCGAGAGCGGCGCCCAGGGACCAGGUCGAGACCUGUCAGGGAAUCCCGCCAUCUCCUGGGGCCGCUGUCCCGGCGGGCUUCUCGGAGGCGGCAGCCUUGGCCUCGGGCCCGCCAGAAGCGGGGGUGGGGGGUGGGGGGUGGCGAACAGCCCGGUGGCCUGCGGAGCCCCAGUACGCUGGCCUGGCAGGGCUGCGGCGGCCCAGAGCGGGGCCCCGUCUCGGCAGGUGGCGAGGGGGCGAGGGAGAGGGCCCUGGGAAAGGCAGCCAGUGUUUCCCAGUUUCUCUCCUUUGACUGCGGUUCGCCUCUGACCCUGGGGCUGGCAAGAAAGCACCGGCCACCCGGCGGCUUCUUUGCACCCCUGCGAUGGCCGCCAUUCUCUUGAAGGCCAGACCCAAGGUGCCAGUAUCUUUUGAAGACGUGUCCGUGUACUUCACCAAGACAGAAUGGAAGCUUCUGGACCUCAGACAAAGGAUCCUCUACAAGAGAGUGAUGCUGGAGAACUAUCGCCAUUUGGCGUCACUGGGAUUUUUAUCGUCCAAGCCUCACCUGGUCUCCUGGCUGGAACAAGGGGAGGGGCCCCGGGCAGCAGGCACCUGCAGAACACGGGCCGCCGCAGGGAUGCAGAAAGGUGACAGGAUAAAGAACAGGACAUUGGUUUCAAAGCAGAAGCAUUGCCUCAAAGAACUCACAAGGACCGAUCUGCAGGCCGGUAACAAGAGCCAGGUGGCCAGGCCACCGGGGGAAACGCUUGAGCGCGGAGCGGGACGUGCUCAUUCUCCACAGACAGGUUCCGGCGGGGUUGACCCCCCCGGGGAGAAAGGUCAGAGCAGCUCCUCGGGGGACGGAAGAGAGAUGCGGCAGAGAAGUAGCCCCAGUGGUUGGCAGGAGUCAAUUAGAAGGCAGCAGGGUUCCAGAGGCGCGGAGAAGCGUUACCUAUGUCAGCAGUGUGGGAAAUCCUUCAGCCGCAGCUCCAACCUCAUCAAGCACCGGGUCAUCCACAGCGGCGAGAAGCCGUACGAGUGCCCCGAGUGCGGGAAGCUCUUCCGGCGCAGCUUCGCGCUGCUGGAGCACCAGCGCAUCCACAGCGGCGAGAAGCCCUUUGUGUGCAGCGAGUGCGGCAAGGCCUUUACGCGCAGCUCCAACCUCAUCAAGCACCAAAUCAUCCACAGCGGCGAGAAGCCCUACAAGUGCCCCGAGUGCGGGAAGCCCUUCCGGCGCAGCUUCGCGCUGCUGGAGCACCAGCGCAUCCACAGCGGCGAGCGGCCCUACGCGUGCAGCAGGUGCGGGAAGGCCUUCAGCAGGAGCUCCAACCUCAUCGAGCACCAGCGCACCCACAGCGGCGAGAAGCCCUACACGUGCAGCCAGUGUCCGAAAGCCUUCAAGGGCGUCUCCCAGCUCAUCCACCACCAGCGCCUCCACAGCGGGGAGAAGCCCUUCAAGUGCAAAGAGUGCGGGAAGGCCUUCCGGGGCUGCUCGGGUCUCAGUCAGCACCAGCGGGCGCACAGCGGGGAGAAGCCCUACGAGUGCAGUGAGUGUGGGAGGGCCUUCAGCCGGCGAGCCAACCUCUUCAAGCACCAGGCCGUUCACAGCCCGCAGAGGCCCUACGAAUGCCAAGACUGCGGGAGGGCGAUCCAGAGCAGCCUCGUCCUCCUGGAGCCCCGGCCCGCGCACGGUGGCGAGCGGCCGCUCGCAGGCAGCCGGGGCCCGGGCGGGAGCGCCCUCGGCGGGAGCGCCCUCGGCGGGAGCGCCCUCGGCGGGAGCGCCCUCGGC